GCCGCUUUUAUUGGAAGUCCUUUUUGAUUCUAAUAUAGGCUUUAGCUUUGAGCUUUGGCGAGAAAGAGAGAGAGAGAGAGGGGGAUUGUGGCCUUCGCCUUCCUCGUAGAGGGGCGGAGUCCGGCCAAAGUGGUCGUCGGGGGAGGGGGAGGGGAGGGGCGGGUUGUCGAUGGCCGUCUCCUGGUCCUCCGCCAUCAGGAUCUCCCUCCUCGUCCUCCUCGUCGCCGCCGUCGUCGCCGCUUUCUUCACCCUCCCUGUCCAAAAGAUUUUGAAUGACUUUUUGGUGUGGAUAAAGCAGAAUGUUGGUCCGUGGGGUCCUGUUGUGCUGGCUGUUGCAUAUAUUCCUUUGACAAUUCUAGCUGUUCCGGCAUCAAUACUUAGUCUUGGUGGUGGAUAUCUGUUUGGAUUGCUGAUAGGCUUUUUUGCUGAUUCAAUUGGAUCAACACUUGGUUCUGUAGCUGCAUUUUUACUUGGUAGAACGUUAGGAAGGCCUUAUGUUGUCUCCAAGUUGAAUGAUUAUCCAGAGUUUCAGGCUGUUGCUGCUGCAAUUCAGAGAUCUGGAUUUAAGAUUGUAUUGCUGCUUAGGCUUGCACCUUUACUUCCAUUUAGCAUGUUGAACUACUUCCUAGCUGUGAUGCCUAUUGGCAUCGGGGAAUACACGAUGGCGUCCUGGCUUGGAAUGAUGGUAUCCUUAUUUAAUCUUUUCCAUGCAAUGAUUGAAGAUGCUAAUUGAUAAUGUUAUCCAAAGUUGUUUUUGCCUUUUUUGGAGUUUGUUACACACUCAUUCCCAUUUGCUUGCUUGACUAUCUUAUUAAAUCAUAUAUGAUGAAAUAUAUGUCAUUUCUUGGUGAAUAAAAAACAUUCAUUCCUUUAUAUUGGAAGCUUCUCAUAUUGUUUAAGAUAUUCAAAGGUUCAAAUAGUUAAUUCUGUUACAAAUUGAAUUUUCUUUUGUGAGAAUCAUAAUAAGUUAACUAAUGUUUUGUUUCACUAAUAUGCUUUAGAAAUAUUUUACCUACUAUUUUUGUACUAGACAUAAUUUAAGACAAUAAUCGACCACAAACAGUUAAGAUUUAUGACUUUGUUGUUGUUGUAUAUAAUUUAAGGCAGUUGUACUGGUAUACACGAUGUCAGUACUUCAAAUCCUCACGGGCCCCAUCAUGCCUUCUAGGUUUGUUAUGAGUGUCCAACUGGCUGUCAACAAACCUGACCUCGAUUUACUAGUCACUGAUCACACAAGAUUUGAUUAAAGAAUUAGAUUUAUGUUAUGUAUAAAAUGUUUAAAGAAAUUGUUUCUUUCCUUUUUUCCCUCAUCUUUACUCUCGUUUCUAAUUUUCCUUUUCCUUUUUAUUUUAUGGUUUAUGUACUAUCAACACGAAUGUUGAGAUUUACAGUUUUAUUGUUGUUGUUGUACUCUCAGCACAAACAAUAGAAAUAAGACAUACAUUUAAUGGUAAAUGGAAAAAAACUAGUUCUUCAACUUACUGAUGAAAACAAAACAAAACUGGUGUCUUGUAUUGUUUGACCUAGAUCUUCCUUAUAUUAUGGAAGCAAUUUAGCAAACUCAUUGAUUCAUGUCCUCUCAUCUAACCCUUAGAAAUACAUGUCAAGUGGUAAAAACUCUUUAACAUUGUAUUUUUUAGAUCUAAAUUGUCACAUACUGUUUUUUUUUAACACAACAAAAUAUGUGAGCAUCAUUCAAAAGAUAUUCACCUGGAGCAAUUCUAGAAUAAUUCAAUUAAUUUAAAAGAUAAUAUUUCAUUAGUCUUAUUAAAGAUAGGAAAAUUGUCUUAAAAAUAACUAAGAAGCUUUAGUAGCUCAAGCUAGGAAUCACAAAGAGCGAGAACUUCUAGUGACGUUAAUAAGUGAUAUAAAAAUAUCUAUUUUACCAAAGUCUUAUGAUCUGGAUCGUUUAAAACAAGAAUUACAAUUUCGAAUAAUAUCGCUCGUACCGGGCGGUACAUAUCGGUCCGUCAACAAACCGGUACACGGAUUGCGACGACGUCGUGUCGUCGAAAAAGGCGACGCGACGUCACCUCGGCAACGUUGUCGAAAAAUUCUUUUUUUUAUAUAUAAAUAUAUAUAAGAUUUUUUUUACUUAUAUAUAUAUAUAUAUAUAUUACGCGGCAUCACCAAGGCGACGUCACCAAAUUAUAUAUAUAUAUUAUAUAUAUAAUACCGCUCGGUAUACAGUACCGUAUCGAGCGAAUGUUAAAACUCCGGUACGGUACGAUAUUUCAAUCCUUGGUUUAAAAUUUGAAUAGUAAAUAUAAAAUAAAAUAUUUCAGUAAUCAUGCUGAGUAUGAAUCUUUUAAAAUCAUAAAUCCAUAAAAUUAAAUUUAUUUAAAAUAAUAAGUGACCUCAAGAUAAUAUAAAUACAAUUAUGCAUAAAUCAAUAGGUAAUAUCAUUUUGUAUAUACUAAGUCUAUUGUCACAUUAGUAUUAGUCGAACAAUUGAAGGUGCACCAAGGACUUACUCUGAUUCUUUAUUCUUCCAAUAUUUAUUCUUUUAAUAUUGAAUGUAGAGAACCCAUAUUAUACUUAUUUAGAAUAAACGGAGUGAUGUUCCUCACUCAUCAAAGUGGCAGCACAUUCCUUUUCCACUUAAGGAUUAUAUUUGACACCCUACUCAAGGUUGGCCUUAUCGGUUCGUAUUAGUGUGUCGACUAGCUAUCAGUACGGUACAUACUAAGUUGUACUGAGCCAUACCAAGUGUACCGACACAUGAUACAUGGGAAUAUACCAAUGUAUUGCCUGUAUUAGUCCCCUAUUGGAUUGGUACGUAUUGCUCGUAUCGAGGGGGGAAGCUGUUAAGAAACCGCAGAGAGCAUCAUAUACGUAACGAAAAAAUAAAACAAAAACAAGAUUCCCAAAAUAGGUUCAUCGAAUUGUUGUGCGACGAUCGGGAGUGUAAAACUGGUAAAACAGAAAACUACGUAAGGUGUGUAAGACGAUCUCACCUAAGGGAACUUGUAUAUUCCCAAACAAUACAGAUCCAAGUCCGCGGAUGAAGGAGAUCUCGCGUUCUCCUCUCUAGCGGUGAUCCAUAUGGCUGAUGAAGCAGUGACACACCUCCUUUUGAAGCAUGUGCUUUUCCUUGCUUUUGCGCACAACAAGGCAGUAGCAAUUUAAGAAGGGGCUAAUCCUUCUUGUUGUCCUCACACUCCAAAUAGGGUUGAUGGCAAUGGAGGAAAGGACCAAAGGAGUCUAGCCUAUAAGCCUUUGGUCCCUCUCCAAUUUAUAGAAAGGCCUCUCAAGUUAACCCCGAUGGAUCCUUCCUUUUGAGUUUUGGAUCUUCAUCCAAUAACCCCUCUACUUAAUGGAUAUUGGAUCUCCAUCUAAUAACCACUCUACGCCCUAUUGGGUCUCACCCAAAAGAUUUAGUAAAACAAGGGCUUAUUAGACAUCAUAUGUCUAAUCCUCUAUUCGUCGCGUCACCUAUCAUAUGUGUGUGACCCUCUAGGUCCAAUACCGAGUUGGUCGUGAGUUGCACCUGCCAGAACUCUUUCUGACUCAGUAAUUUAUUAUCCUCAUAAUAAUUUAUUUAAUUUAUCUUCUAUGGACAUACUAGGCCACUAUGUCAUAGUCCCCAAACGGUACAGGAGGAUCUAAUCCAUUGGACAUGUUUGCCCUUAGUUACCGUGUAUCUAUGGUCCCUCAUCCAUCUAAUAUCCCAAAGAUCGUAUACUGGGCAUGGCGUUGUCAUGCCCAUACGAAAUCGAUUCGAGUCUCAUUCUAAUCAGAUUCUCUCGGAGAACUCUUUUUCUCUCAAUCCGAAUCUUACACUUAUCGAAUUCAUCAUGAUCCGAUCAACUCUUGCUAAGGAUUUGCCUGAGUGAGAACACAUAAGAUAUUCUUCUCAUGAAAUUGAGAGUGGAUGAUCCUUUAUUAACACUCAAUUGCCUUCGUAAAGUUGGCUAUCACUCCCGAUUACCGACUGUGCUAGAUUUAAAACUUUCAAACCUAUAAGUCCGUUGUCAAAGAGUGCAAUACUCAUACAGAGCAUCCUUUGUAUCUCAAGUCUAAGGACCAAACACGUAAUUGAAAUUAUGGAAUUGUUGUACGACGAUAAGAUAUCAUUAAGUUGAUCAUUUAAUAAACUCAUUCUCCAAUGAGCACCUGUACUAUAUCUCUAGUGUUCUCACAUAAGUAGCUAUGAGAUCAAAUGCCUCAUCAUAUGUGCGGGUGUAUAGCACACUGGUUUUCUAGUGUUCCCACGUAAGCAGCUAUGAGAUCAACUGCCUCAUCAUAUGGGCGGAUGUAUAGCACACUGGUUUGUCCGGUUAUCUCGAUAUCCCUCUCAAGUAACCUAUGAUCAGGAUAUUUAGGGUCUGUGUUUAUAGACGAAUUAGUCUUAUUAUCAUGAUCUCAUUAUGAUCUCAUUCCCAGCACAGAUCUAGGGACGUCACAAUAUAUAUUCAUCAUUAAUAUAAAGUGAUAAAAUUUCAUAAUAAUAAUAAUAAAAAAGAUUGUGCAGUGUUACACGUGUCAUCACUCAUGUGAUUGGUUUGUAAUGCACUUGUAAUUAGCAAAGGCAAGGGUUUAAAAACCCUUUUUAAUGGUUUAAACGAUUAAUUUGACCAUUUGAAAUAGGACGAUCUUAGCCCUUGAUUGGUAAUGAUCGAAAUUUGAUCAUUAUCGCUAGAUACAGACCUCAUAUCACUCGAUACGGGAUCAGAUUAUGGUACCGCCCGAUAGAAGGCAGUCCACGUAUCGAUCUCCUAUUGGACCGAU